AUGUUUGCUACACGAGUCCUUCGCCAGGCUGCUGCGCACGCCGAGCGCGCUCCGCUGAUCAAGUUCAUUGGCAAGAGAUCAGUACCUGCGAGCCCCAGCGACUCUCUGCCCGCCGACUUCGCCUCGGGCACCCACACCUCGUUCAGCUCCUACCGCGACCAUGCCCAGCAGUUCGGCCCGCUGCGAAAGACCGUUCGGAAUGCCGGCGACCGCGGCAUCGGCGGCACCUCGGGCCGCGAGCUCGGUACUGUCCAAGCCGGCAAGGGCGAGUUUUUUGACCGCAACGACCUGCCUGCCCGCUUCCGGAGGUCCCCAAUCUCUGUGGCCGAGAUCGAGGCUGUGGAGACCGGCGGAGCUGCGUUCUUUGCUUGA